AUGAACGACUACCAAAAGAUUGGGGUUACUUUGAGCGCAAUUUCCGUUUUAUUUUAUGGGCUCGGUGUUGUACUCUUUUUUGAUACGGGGCUGAUCUCCAUAGCAAGUGUUCUUUUCACCUCGUCGCUCUUUUUCAUCCUGGGCUUCAAGAGAGCCGCCCGUUUCUUCUUCUCAAGAAGAAAACUUCGCGCGAGUGCGCUCUUCUUCGGCGGCUUUGGCCUGGUGCUGUUGCGCUGGCCAGUGCUGGGGACUCUGGUCCAAGCGGUCGGUGCGCUCUGGCUAUUCCUGAGCUUCAUUCCGAUCGCGAUGACGUUUCUUCGACAGGUUCCGGUUCUGGGUCAGCUUGUCGACACCAGCAUUGUUCGGCGGAUACUGCGCCGCCUAUCGGCAGCCUCUGGAUACCUGGAAACGAACGGUGGCAUCGGUUUCGAACCGAAACUCCCGGUAUGA